AUGGAUGAUGUCGUGAUCGGAGCAUCGCCGCCACCGUCGACGGACGAGGCGGAGCCUGGUGAAGCCGAAGUUCCGGCGGCGGCGGAAGCUGUGGAGGAAAAGGAACUGCUCUGUCCCAUAUGUAUGCAGAUCCCAAAAGACGCCUUCCUCACCGCAUGCGGGCACAGCUUCUGUUACAUGUGCAUCGUCACUCAUCUUCGGAACAAAAGCGAUUGUCCCUGUUGCGCUCAGUUCCUCACCACUUCCCAGCUCUUCCCCAAUUUUCUACUCGACAAGCUAUUGAAGAAGAUGUUUGCCCGUGAGCAUUCAAAAACUGCAUCUCCAGUAGAACAAUUUCGGCAAUCAUUAGAAAAGGGUUGUGAAGUGUCCGCAAAGGAGUUAGGCUCUCUAUUAUCUCUGGUGGCUGAGAAAAAGAGAAAAAUGGAACAGGAAGAAGCAGAGAGAAACUUGCAAAUUCUAUUGGACUUCCUACACAACUUAAGGCGGAAAAAAAUUGAUGACCUCAAUGAGAUGCAAAAUGACCUUUUGUACAUCAAGGAAGAUUUGACCGCCGUUGAAAGACGUAAAAUGUAUCUAAACCGUGCUAGAGAAAGAUGUUCCAUUAAAGUGAAUGUGCUUUCUGAUGAUCCGUUGGGAACCAGACCCCAUACUUCAUUAGUGGGUAGAAGUACUCCUGGGUUUUUGUACAAUUCUUCUAGUGCACCAGGGGGAAUAACUUCCUACAAGAAAAAUGAGGGAAAUUUUCAGAUCACCCCCCAUGGGACCCAGAGCAAGGGUGGUGGGUUAACUUCACAACAUGUAGGCGAUCUGUCCGUGAUACGUAAGAAGCGGGUUCACGCACAGUUUAAUGAACUUCAAGAAUUUUACUUACAAAGGAGACGUCAGUCGGUGAACCAUUUAGGGAACCACGAAAAGAAAGAUAAAACUAUGGUUACAAGGGAAGGCUAUAGUUCUGGUCUAGAAGAUUUCAAGUCAGUUCUAAGUACGUUCACUCGGUACAGCCGGUUACGAGUAAUUGCUGAACUUCGGCAUGGUGAUCUCUUUCAUUCAGCCAAUAUUGUCUCGAGUAUAGAGUUCAAUUGUGAUGAUGAGCUAUUUGCCACUGCUGGAGUUUCACGGCGUAUAGAAGUUUUUGAUUUCUCUUCGGUUGUAAAUGAACCUAAAGAUGCGAACCCUGUUGUUGAGAUGGCAACACGAUCUAAACUUAGCUAUCUAAGCUGGAAUAGGUUCAUGAAAAGUCAUAUAGCUAGUAGUGAUUACGAGGGAAUUGUAACUGUAUGGGAUGUAUCUACACAGCAGAGUAUAAUGGAAUACGAGGAGCAUGAAAAACGUGCUUGGAGUGUAGAUUUUUCCCGAACAGAUCCUUCGAUGCUCGUGUCCGGUAGUGAUGACUGCAAGGUCAAAGUCUGGUGUACGAAGCAAGAAGCCAGCGUCCUCAACAUUGAUAUGAAGGCAAAUAUAUGCUCUGUUAAGUAUAAUCCCGAAUCUAGCAAUUAUAUUGCGGUUGGUUCUGCAGAUCAUCAUAUCCAUUAUUAUGACUUGAGGAACACUCAUCAUCCACUUCACGUGUUCAGUGGCCAUAAAAAGACGGUUUCUUAUGUAAAGUUUCUUUCUGAAAAUGAGCUUGCUUCUGCAUCGACAGAUAGUACCCUUCGGCUAUGGGAUGUCAAACAAAAUACUCAUGUUCGUACAUUUAAAGGGCACACGAAUGAGAAGAAUUUUGUGGGCUUCACGGUGAACAACGAGUUCCUAGCUUGUGGCAGCGAAACAAACGAUGUGUUUGUCUAUCACAAGGCUAUCUCCAAACCUGCCACGUGGCAUAAAUUUGGAUCCCCCGAAGCGGAAGAUACGGAAGAAGACGCGAUAUCUUACUUCAUAAGUGCAAUUUGCUGGAAGAGUGAUAGCCCCACAAUGUUAGCUGCCAAUAGUAAAGGAACAAUAAAAGUGAUGGUCCUUGCUCCUUGA